GUGCUAGUCAUUGUAAACAUAUUUUCACGGUAGUAUGAACUAUAAUUUUGGAAAUUCAUCAUCUUUGAGAAGAUACAGCUAAAAUCGAAUCAUCCAUGCCUGAGCCGAACAUUGUCUAUACUCUUUCUAGUGUAAAUUUUGGAAUAAAACAAGCCAAUUAAUUUGUCACAUAAAAGUUGAUGUAGUUGGUCAGUACAAAACUUUACAAGCGGCCGCGGACGCCACCGGAGCCGUCGUCGUCGUCCCCCUCUCCACCUCAACGAUCAUCCUCCGAUUUGCUUGGAGAAGUAGUUGGAUCCGACGGUCUGUAUCAAGCUCAGCACAUAUAGUUAUGACGGAAAAAAAGUGAUCGAAGAACCAGUUGAAGAUGAAUCACUGUUACUACUCGGAUCUGUGGUUGGUAGCGGCCGUAAGAAGUCCAGCAACCACACAAACGCACCAACCUCUCCCAGCCGGAAGUAGGUUUAGGAUCUUGACAGUUACGUAUUCACGCACCAACCCUCCUCCUCAUCUCUCAGCCGUGAAGGUACAGUUGAAAGGAGUGGAAGGAAGGUCUACCACGUCAUUGUGUUUUUCGCCCAUCAUCGAUCAUCCUCCUGCUUCUCUCUCUGUCUUGGCAGCAGUACUCCAUGGCAAGUAUAUAUAUAGAGAGCAAAGGAACCCGGUGGAGAGACAAGCUGCGACAAGGAAAGAACAAAGAAGAUAGGUUUGAGUUAGACGAAUGCUGCCAUCAUUGCCUCUUGGUAAAAGUUUCUUGCUCAAAUGAGUGUUCCAAAGCAACAGAUGAGCAGAGGCUAGUGUUUUUCUGUUGGCCUGGACGCUCACUUGAGCAAGCAAUGUUUACACAAGAGGUGCAAACCCAGCUUUCUGCAGUAUCGGCUAUGAGCUGAUAUCAUGGCUCUCCUCUUUCCCUUUUCUUCCAACUGCUCUCUCUAACACGGUUAACUUGAGAUUGAGGUUUUUGCAGAAGGAAGGCAUAAUUAGGACUAUUCUUUUCCCUCCUCCUCUCUCUCUCGCUUAGAUUGCUGCUCUGCAAAGAAAAAUCCCUCUGUCAGACUGCUAGUGAUGAUAACUUGUCCGCCAGGUAAAGAAAAGGACUAUUCUUUUCCCUCCUGUUGCAUGCCAGUCUCUUUUCUUCAUCUUCUUCUUCCUCCCUCCUCUCUCCCGCCAACAUAUUCAAUCUCGAAUCCACACUGCUACUGCACCACCGCUCUCCCCCAAUUAUUAAAUUCUUAGACGCACAGCAUUUCCAUGUUCAGAAAGAUCGAUCAACCAAGUAAAGCAUCUCUCUAAUUACAUCUUAAAACUGAAGCAAUCCCCAAAGCUUCAUCCAUGGCAGCUGUUCAUCGUUUCCUACAACAACCCACCUCCACUGCUCGACAACCAUGGCAAUGGCCGCCUCCUCGUCUCCUCAUCAUGCCACAAUCGCUCUCAUCACUCUCCUCUUUAUCCUCGUCUCCGCUGCCACCACCAACGGAAGCAUCGGAGUGAACUACGGCACGUUGGCCGACGACCUGCCUCCGCCAGGGGAUGUAGCCAGGUUUCUUCUACAGUCCACGGUGAUUAACAGGGUCCGGAUAUUCGACCCGAACCCGGAGAUAAUCCAGGCCUUCGCUCACACGGGCAUCCAAAUCACAGUCACCGUACCCAACGACCAGAUCCCUCGCCUCGCCAACCUCUCCUUCGCCCAGCAAUGGAUCAAAUCCUACAUCCAGCCUUACUUCCCGGCGACCAACCUCGUCCGGAUCCUCGUCGGCAACGAGGUUCUGUCCACGGGCAACAGAUUGCUCAUCGGAACCCUCGUCCGGGCGAUGCAGACGCUCCACGCCGCGCUCGCCGGAGCGUCCCUGGACCGCCGGAUACAGAUCUCGACCCCUCACUCGCUCGGGAUCCUCUCCGCUUCGACCCCUCCGUCAGCCGGAAAAUUCCACGGCGGGUACGACGUCCACAUCCUAAAACCUCUACUCGGCUUCCUCAGAUCUACGAAUUCCCCCUUCUUGAUCAACCCUUACCCGUUCUUCGGCUGCUCGGAGGAGACUCUCGAUUACGCCCUGUUUCGGCCGAAUCUAGGGUUUCUGGAUCCGAACACGAGGAUUCGGUACACCAACAUGCUCGACGCCCAGCUCGACGCCGUCUUCUCGGCGAUGAAAUUGCUCGGAUUCGGCGACCUGGAGAUCGCGAUUGGAGAGACCGGGUGGCCGUCGAAGGGCGAACCGUCGCAGAUCGGGGCCGGGGCGGAGAACGCGGCUCAGUACAACCGGAAUCUGAUGCGGCACGUCAAUUCAGGGGAUGGGACGCCAUUGAUGCCCAAUCGGACCUUCGAGACCUACAUUUUCUCUCUGUUCAACGAGGAUCUGAAACCUGGCCCAACCUGCGAGCGAAACUUCGGCCUGUUCGGCCCGGAUCUGACUCCGGCGUACGACGUCGGCAUCCUCCGUCCCACGGCGAGAUCCUCGGUACCAACGGCGAAUCCUUCGCCGGCGGAGCCCGACGGAGGAGGGGAAAGGAAGGGGGCGGGAAAGUGGUGUGUGGCGAAAGAAGGGGCGGAGGUGGACUCGCUACAGAGGAAUAUCGACUACGUUUGUGGGGCCUUGGUUGGGCUUGGGCCUGGGUGCGGGCCCAUUCAAGAAGGCGGGGAGUGCUUUUUCCCGGACACGGUGCGGGCCCACGCAGCGUUCGCCAUGAAUGCGUUUUAUCAGGCCAUGGGGAGGAACGACUACGACUGUGAUUUCCGGCGAACCGGUGUCAUCACCGCCGUCGAUCCAAGCUAUGGAAACUGCAAGUAUGGGCAUUAACGCCGGAGAUUUCACAAGCCACGGCGCCGAUCUACGGCAUGCCAUCACAUCGGAUCAUUGUUCAUAUUCACGCAUUUUAAGUUCUCUACACCGUAUAUUCACAAGAGCAGCGAAUAGAUACAUGGUGUGCAUGCAAUUGUGCUAGAAUGUUACUGUUAGUUAGGAUAGUUUUCCUUUUGUAUUUUCAGCUAUUAGAUUAAAUUACGACAAAAAAAAUGUUUGAGUACCGUGAAACGGUGUUAACAACGUGUUGAUUAUCUUGUAUAUCGACAUACAUAAUACUCAUAAUUGUAUGACAUGGAAGGAUAGCAUAUUUCAAAUUCUCUGUGAAUAAAUUUUAGCUCCUCAUUCGAAAUUCAGGAUUCAUGCACUCAUGAAUCCUCAAUUUAGGGCUGGGAAACGGUGCGGUCUGGUCCAGACCAGACCAUCUAUACGGUCUAUGGUCCAGACCGAGAGGCUAAAGUAUACACCACAAACCAGACCAUAGACUAUACGGUUCGGUCCAGACCACGCCUGUGCAGUCUGGUUCGGUUUGGUCUGAUCCAGAUAGACCACACUCAACGAAAAAUGAAUAAUUUGUUUAGUCAACCACACAAAAAAUUGAACCAAUAACCAGGAAAAAUAAUUGUUAUUUGCCUUAAAUCAUUGAUCCUAACAUGCAUGAAUAAUUUUGAUACUCUAAA